AUGCGCACCAUCUUCCUCGCCGUCCUGGCUCAGCUCGCAGUCACCGCUGCCCUCCCCUACCAUCUGGGGGACGGGUAUGUGCUCCUCGAGCAGCGCCAGGUCUCGUCUCCCGGCGACCCAACACCUCCGUUGACGCCGCCCGCGACGCCGACGCCGACGCCGACUCCGUCACUUCCACCUUCUCCACCUCCCCAACCAACGACCGAACAACCUCCAACCCUCUCGAUAUCUGUUCCGGAUCCCACGACACUUCCACCGUCGUCUGAUCCUCCUACCACACCUCCUCCUGCCUCGACACCCGAACCCACGACCGAACAACCACCGACGAACCCUCCCACUUCCGACCCGCCUCCGACAUCCAGUAUACCCACUCCCGAACCUUCUCCUACCCCCUCUUCCCCACCCCCUACCACCCCCGACCCGACCACACCGCCUCCCACCACUCCUACCCCCUCCACUCCGCCUCCCACGACGCCGGAGCCCUCCGUCCCUCCCACGACGCCGGAGCCCUCCGUCCCCCCCACGACGCCGGAACCCUCCGUCCCCCCCACGAGUGCCGGUCCACCCACCUCGGAUCCUCCUCCCCCGUCGUCUGAAGUGCCGCCAUCCUCCGUCCCGCCUCCUUCGAGCAACGUCCCGCCGCCGUCGAGCAACGUCGUUCCACCGGCGUCGAGUGUUGGUCCUGGUCCGUCUGAGGCUCCGGCUCCUUCCGGAGGCGGCGGUGGGCCGGUGACAUCUGUCCCCGGCCCUGUCGUGACCAACCUGCCCGCUCCUAGCCCUUCAGGCGGAGGUGGCGCUGUGGCUCCCACCGGAGGCGGCACGACUCCAAGCGGCGGUGGGGACACUGGUGGCACCCAGCCGCAACCUCAACCGCAGCCGCAGCCGCAGCCUCAGCCUCAGCCCGGAGGCGGCAACACCGGAGAUAAUACCGGUGGAAACACUGGUAACUCUGGCGGCGGUAACCAACCCGCUCCCCCCGCGUUUGAACCGGCGGUCCUGACGUUCACCGACAUAGUAACAAACAGAGUUACGCGUACGAACCCCGACGGCACCGUCCAGACGGUGAACAGCGUCGGCGUCGUCGUCGUGACCAUGACUGCGCCUGUGACCAACUCGAACGGCGAGGUGGUCCUUACGCGCACGCUUCCCCGCGGCUCGGGCCAGGCGACCGACGACGUCGUGAUUGUGACGAUGACGUCGCGCGUCCAGCCCGUGCAGGCGACGCAGACUCACUCGAUUGUCGACAACGGCGGCUCGCUCCAGUCUAACUCGGCGACCCGCACAAAAGCCGUCGUCGCUGGUACCGCCGUGCUGGCCGCUGCGCUCGGCGCGAUUCUCGUAUAUUAA